GUUUCGUUGAGACACCUACAUUACAUUCAUAUAUGAUUCAGUUUCGCUAGCACUUUUACGGGGUGAGAUUUGCAAAGUGUGUCUGAGCAACUCGAAAAGUGCGUCGCACGUAAGUGCGAAGCGUGAUAUGAAAUAGUGAAUUGGAUCGUGAUUCAAAUGGAUAGGCGAUACUAACUACACGUCAUGGGAUUGUGAAAGGAAUCGAGAACGUAUAAGAAGGCAGGAAGUGGGAAAAGGGCCAGGGAUACAACGCUCACGCCCGGUUGUCACGACGCCAUGUUUCCCCGAAGUAGUCUACCGAUGUCGAGUAUCCCUUUGAUGAUACUCUGUUUUUUCAUACUAUUCGUCGCCGGCCUUGAUGAAUCUGUUGUUGAAAGCAUAGAAACCACUGAGUCAAAAAAUGAGAAUCCAGCAAUAUUAGAAAUUACAGCAUCUCAAGAUUUAGAAGGUAUAGAGGCUGGUAGUACGCCAUCAUUAAUAUGUAAACUCAAUGUUCCUGGCCAAAUAUGGUGGACUAGCAAUGGAAAAAAUCUCACUACUAUUAAAGAUUUUGAUUCGGGAGGACGUUUGGAUAUUAAACAAGCUAGUAGAAAUGAUACAGGAGACUACAAGUGUAUAGCACAAACUAUAGAAGGGGAAAUAUUGGAAAAGGAUGUUCAUAUUAGAGUUAUUGAACCAGGUAAAAUAACAGCUGGAGAAGAUAUUAGGAUAAAAGUUAUGGAAUCUGCUAAUUUAACAUGUCACAUGCAUGGUUAUCCAUUAUCUCAAUUUUCUUGGUUAAAAGGAAAUGAUUCUGAAAGUUCAGAUCACUGGAAGGAUUUCACCACUAUCACACAAAUAAAUGAAACUCUCACUAUACUCACUUUAGAAUUUACGAGUUUAACACGUAAAGAUAACGGAACGUAUAUUUGUAAAGCACGUGAUUACAACGGUGAAAUUAGCGCUUAUAGACAUCUUUUUGUAAUUGAUGUACCAAAAGUAAGCAUUGACUUUAUGAAAGCUGUUGGUGCUGGAAGUAUAUUUUUAAAUUGGACUGUAAAUGAUGGUAAUGAGCCUAUUAAAAAAUAUUUUAUCCAACAUAUGAAGAAUGGAACUAAUCAAUAUCAAUAUUAUUCUGAACAAAUUGGCGGCGGUAACUCAAGCUAUGUUUUAAAAGGUUUUGAAAGUGGUACAGCAUAUCAAAUUGGUAUUAGUGCCAUGAAUAAUGUGGGUACAUCACAUGUACGAUUUGAUCCACGUUGGAUUACUACUCUUGAAAAAGAUCCUAUAUUUGUACCAAAAGUUUCUGUUAAUGGAGUUACUGAAAAUUCUAUUACAAUAGCAUGGACAGUGCCACCAUUGGAUUUAAAAGAACAUGUUCAUUAUUAUAAUUUAAUGAUUACCCAUGGAGAUCAAAAAAGAGAAGCGGUAUAUCCCGCGCAAUCAUAUGCCGUGUACGCAUUUGUCGAUCUUGAUCCCGCUACAAAGUAUAAAUUUAAAAUUGCCGCAUGUAGCGAAUAUACAAAAGAAUGUGGAAAUUGGAGCACUGAAGUAAAUGGUACUACUUUAGAUGGAGUGGCUAGUCCUCCUCAGAAUUUAUCUGUUAAUUGUCGAUUUGAUAAUAUAAGUAGUUCCAGUUUCAUUUCCAUUUCAUGGGCUCAUCCAGAGAAACCUAAUGGUGUUAUUACUCGUUAUAAUAUACAAUUAACUGGCAUUGCUAGAUUUAGAAAUGACAUGGGUCGUUUAGAUAUUGAUACUUGGGGACCACAGACUUGGAGUGUUUAUAAAAAAAAUAGUACACAUUUUAAUCAAAUACCACCUAAUACUAAUUAUACUGUCCGUGUUAACGGUGUAACUAGAUCUCGAACACUAGGAAAGGAUGCUGUUGGUAAUUGUACUACACCAAUUACAAUACCAGACAGAGAUAGUUUAAAUAUGCGAUCGUGGCGAAAAAUUGAAAAUCAGGGUAAACAAUUGUUUAAAUUGUAUCUUCCUCGUAUCACAGAACGAAAUGGUCCUAUAUGUUGUUAUCGAGUUUAUCUAGUAAAAUUAGCACCACAAAAAAGUGUUACUGAUUUACCACCACCCGAGGAAAUUAAUGUAUAUUCAUAUCAAUAUGCUCAUAAUUCACCUUCUGGUGGUGCUUAUAUUGCCGAAAUAUUCGAUAGUGAUCGAUUGAUAUCCGAAAUUUUCCUUGGCGAUGGUGAAUCAUUCAAUGGUAGUAAUAUGUGCAAUAAAUGUAUUGGACUUCGUCCAAAAGCUGCUCCACCUGUACAUUUUGUUCCUGAAGUUUCAAUAACCACAUCAGCAUUUAAUACAACACCUGCUAUUACUACAUUAUUAACAUCGACUACAACUCCCACUCCAACAACAUCUACUGUUACUACUCAAAGGAUAGAAAUCAUUACAAAUCUAAUAGAUAAUAAUCAUACAGAAUCUGUAGAAAGAAAAAAAAGAGAAAAUAUGGCUAUCCAGAAAACAAAAAGUGAAGAUGGAUCUUUUGAACAAUUACUUAGCGCACAAGAUGGUUUCUUAGAUGAAAAAUCAAAUUAUACGGGUUUUAUCGAAGUUAUUGUGCUUGGAAACCAAGAUCAGCUUUUACCUGCCUAUAGUAACUAUUUUAAUCUUCUCUAUGGAGGAUUGGAUCCCGUAACUAUGAUAUCAACGGAAGUGACCACACUCAGUGUAAUUCUACAACUUUCUAUUGCUCUUAUAUUGAUUAUCAUCAUUCUUCUUAUUGCACUUUGUGUAUUACAUAGAUACACAAAGCGUGCUCAACAAAGAGGAGAAGAAAUUAUAACUCUGAGAAAUAGUUUUAGGCAUUUAUGCAGAAGUCUUAGAGGAAGGCAUCAAUUGGUAGCAGCAAGUCCUCCAGAUAUGCCUCCUAUUCCUAAAAGUGAAUUGCUUCAAGCAUAUCUUGAACGACACCGAGAUUCUGAUUAUGGUUUCCAACAUGAAUUCGAAUUAUUACCAGAUAGAUUUACAGAUCGUACAACAAGAGCUUCAGAAGCACGCGAAAAUUUAUAUAAAAAUCGUUAUCCGGAUAUAAAAUGUUAUGAUCAGACUAGAGUAAGACUUGCGCAAAUGGAUGGAAUUUGUGGUUCCGAUUAUAUAAACGCAAAUUUUGUAUUAGGAUACAAAGAACGCAAGAAAUUUAUAUGCGCUCAAGGUCCAAUGGAAAAUACUGUUUGCGAUUACUGGAGAAUGAUUUGGGAACAACAUCUUGAACUGAUACUUAUGUUAACAAAUCUCGAAGAAUAUUCGAAAACAAAAUGUGCAAAGUAUUGGCCGGACAAAGGUGAAACCAAAAAUUUUGGCGAUAUUACUGUUGAACAUGUUCGAGAAAGAGCUUAUUCGGAUUAUGUUGUUCGUGAAUUAAAAAUGACACGAUUAGGAGAACGAGACGCACGCACUAUUAUUCAAUAUCAUUUCUUAGUUUGGAAAGAUUUCAUGGCACCAGAACAUCCUCACGCAAUCCUCAGAUUUAUUAAAAGAGUUAAUGAAGCUUAUUCGUUGGAAAAAGGUCCAAUAUUAGUACAUUGUAGUGCAGGUGUCGGACGAACGGGAACAUUAGUCGCAUUAGAUUCUUUAUUGCAACAACUUGCAGAAGAGGGUCAAGUUUCAAUAUUCAAUACAGUAUGUGAUUUAAGACAUCAAAGAAAUUUUUUAGUGCAAUCAUUGAAACAAUAUAUUUUCAUUUAUCGCGCAUUAAUGGAAAUGGCACAAUAUGGUGAUACAGAAAUUCCAGCAUCGCAGCUUAAAAAUAAUGUUGCAAAAUUAAGACAAAGAGAUAAUGGUAAAGAAAAAUGUAGAAUGGAAGAAGAGUAUGAUAAAAUCAACUCUGUAUUAGAAGACAGAAAAUCAUUUUCCGUUGGUGGAGGAGAAGAAAAUAAAAGCAAAAACAGAAGUGAAUUAAUAAUCCCAUAUGACAGAAAUCGAGUAAUUCUUACACCCGUUCCGGGUAGAGAACAUUCAACAUAUAUAAAUGCAUCUUUUAUUGAAGGCUAUGACAAUUCCGAAUCGUUUGUUAUUACUCAAGAUCCAUUGGAUACUACAAUAGCAGAUUUCUGGCGAAUGAUUUCAGAACAGUGUAUUUCUACGAUAGUAAUGUUAUCCGAUUUAAAUGAAGGUCCAAGAAAAUGUCCACGUUAUUGGCCUGACGAAGAAACUGCAUAUGAUCAUAUAAGAGUUAGAUAUAUUCAAAGUGAGAGCUGUCCGUAUUACACUCGUCGUGAAUUCUGUGUUUCUAAUACAAAAACGGAUGAAAGUGUUGUUGUAACACAAUAUCAAUAUCAUGGGUGGCCAACAGUAGAAGGAGAAGUACCUGAAGUAACUCGUGGUCUCAUUGAACUCGUAAACCAAACGCUUACAAACGAUACAGAAUCAAGCGGCUCACUAGUUGUGCAUUGCAGCUAUGGAUCUGAUAGGAGUUCUAUGUUCGUCGCUCUUAGUAUAUUGGUCCAACAAUUGAGAACUGAAAAACGCGUAGAUAUAUUUACAACAACAAAAAAAUUACGUUCACAAAGACAUGGCAUGAUUAGCACUUUUGCACAAUAUGAAUUUUUACAUCGUGCUAUCGUGAAUUAUUCAGAUCUUCAUAAUUUAGCCGAUGAUGAACCAACUUCUUAAUAUUGCGGAAUAAAAUAUUGAAAUUUCUCAAUAAUGUUUGGUGAAUAUGUGCGUAAAAACAACGUACAAAAAAUGUUUGGAGAUUGUGUAUUCGAAUGCUCAAAAACCUAUAUUGGGCCAACCAAAGAGAUUACUAAUAUAUUGGUGAAAUAAAUACAUCAUGAAAUUAGACUGAAAUAUACAUGUGUAUAAGCAAUUAUCGAUCUUUGAGAAUUUUUAUACACUAUCGAAGAGAAUUAUGUGUAUACAUUUAUUCAUACCACAAGGAAUAAACAGUAAACAUUUCAUAUUGACAAAUUCAUAGGAUUAAACUAAACAUACGAUUGAUUUGAUAUACAAAUGAAUUUAACCAAUUAUUGGUUAAUUGUUAUAAAGUGCAGUACAGUGAAGACAUUCGUGAUAUCAUGGUCUCGACAACAUUGUGAAUCUAUCUCAAUGAUUUAUUUUUAUUGAUAAAAUUGAAAAAAAAAAACACGAAAUAGUGUAUUUAAACAUUUUUGUGAUUGAACAUGUAUGAAGAAACGUAUGAAGAAAGCAUUGACGCAACAAAGUAAGUGCGUUUUUAUUAACAAAUACGACUAUUUGAUGGACUACUGAAAUAAUUAAGCAUAUUUAUAAAACGUAUAAAUAUUUUGACAAAAUAAACCAUAUAACAACUUACCAAUCUAAUAAUUGAUCGUAUUUUUAUAUUAUAAUAGUUACAUUUCAGACUUUAUAACAUACAUAUUAUAUUAUAAUAAUAAAAUUAUAAUUUAUAGAAACUUUGUAUUAUAUAAUAUAACAAUAAUUUAUGUAUUUUUAUGUUGUUCAUACAUGUAUUCUUUUUUACGCGAUCAAAUAUAGAUGGUACAACUUAUAUGGUUUAAAUUGAAUUAAGAACUGGAUUCUUCCAAACGUUUUUGCAGACAUGCGUUGUUAUUCUAUCCUUCGAUAACAAGGAUAGAUCAAACUCUGAUUUGGUCUACCUUACAAUUUAUAAUUAUUAAUAAUAUUACGCACGCAUGUGUGUAAAUUUAUUUGUAACAUACGUGUCAUAUAAAAGCGAUAUAAAGCGUGCGUACAUAAUGCGCUUGCGCUAAUUUUUCUUCUAAAGAAAGACUGAUCUUCUUAUUCAGUUUAAAAUGCGCGAAAAACAGCACGUACUUUAUUUGUACGAUAUAUAAAACUACUGUGAAUUAUAACACGGAGAGAAAAAUCAUUUUUUUACUUUUUCAUACACAAAACGAUUAGAAAUAUAUCUGUGUGUGUGGCAUGUCCGCAAAUGUGCUUUGUAAGUCACCGACGAAGUGUUACGCAUAAUUGGAGGGCUUAUGCGGCAUAGGAGUUAGGUUUCAUUCAAGAAUACCAAAAGAUAUAGGUAGUUCUUAUGUAUUGGAAUUUAUGAGUUAAAUUAUUGAAAUAACUAAAUUUCGGCUAAAAUAAAUUUUUCUAAUUAGAGAAUAAAACUACUAUAAAAUAUUAUUUUAUGUAAUAUAUAAUAUUAUAUUACAUAAUAUAAUAUUAUGUAAAUGAAUAAAAUCGAAUUUUUACAUUAAUAAUGAGAAUUACCUACAACUGUUAGUAUUCUCCUCACAGUGAAUAAUACUGAAAAUAAAAACAAGUCGAUGAGAUUACUAUAAAUAAGGAAAGAAAAAGAAACAAUAUCUUUAAAAUAAGAAAAAUUGUGAAAUCAUACAUUAUACAUAUUAUAUUAUUUCUUCGCAUGUUCGUUUUUUUCUAGUCAAGUUUUUAACUCCGGCAUAUACGCUGCUAAGCCAUUCAUUUAUGGCAAGGGACAAUCACAUUAAAUUUUUGAUUUACAUCGCAUCGAUCGACAAGAUUUAUUUUCUUUUCCUUUCGGUGUCAUUCCAUUCGUGCUUACGAUGCACGUCCCUAUUCAAUGUACAUGUGUGUAUAACCGAGAAUAACAAUUAAUUACUAGUUUGCGCUUCGAUUAUGUUAUAAUUGAUAGAGAUCUAAGAUACAAACAUGCUUUAUCUGUAAUUAGAGUUGCUGCUAUCACCUUCUGCUGUUGCUUCAUUAUAUUAAUAAACGGUGUGACAUAUUUGUUUUUAUACUUAUAUAACAAAAUUAUUAUAUGUAGAAAUAUUUACAAAGUGCCUAUGAAUUUCCACCUACUGUUAUUUUUUUUACAUACUAUAAAACAUCAUUAAUAUUUAUCUUUCAUAGAUUGCAAAUAAUUUAAGAUAUAAUAUUAGAGACUUAUGAGAUAAUAAGAUAUUUUUA